UGAAUUUAUGUGUUAUUUCCCAAAUGAUUUGAAAAAAAAAAAUAUUAAUAAAAUUAUUAUUUUAAGCUUGAACAGAAAAAAAAACGUGAAUUUGUAGUGAAAUAACAUAAAAAUUAAAACUAAAUUCAAAACUAAAUUAAAAAAAAAAUAAAACUUAAUUCAAAAUAUUUAAAUCUCUGAGUUUAACUUAGAAAAUAAUUAAAUACCUAAAUAACUAAAUCCGUUUUAAGUGUCAAAAUAUAAUUGAAAAAAAAAACAAAAACUAUUACCAUGCAAUUCAUUCAAUAAAUCAAGUGUUUAGUUUUACAAACAAGUUUGGAAAAAGUGAUCAUCUUUUAAAAAAAAAAUCAAUAUCAAACAAACAUUUACAACAACCAAAUUACAGAUACUUUUUCUUGGACUUCGAUUAAUGGACUUCACAAAGAACUCAAAAGCGAAACGUCAAAUACUAUGUCCUCUAAUUUGGGCCAUCAUAAGUUCCUCUCUAUUCCUCAUAUCACUUAUAAUAGACUAUCAGCAUGAAGCAAUAAAAGAACACGUUCGCUUCCGUAAAGGUUUUCUAUCUCGCAGCGCAUGGGAAGAACCACCUGAUGGUUCACUUCGUUGUUAUGUUUUCAAUGUUACCAACACAGAAGCUUUUCUCAAUGGCACCGAUAAAAAACUUCAUCUUCAACAAAUAGGUCCAAUAGUCUAUCGGAUAAAAAUUGGCAACGCUAAUAUAACAGAUAACGAAAAUGAAUCAACUUUAACAUUCCGUAAACUUCGUCGUAAGGAAUUUGUAUUCGAUGAAAAGAACAGUCCUCCGGGAAUAAUGGAUCAAAAAAUCUAUGUUCCAAAUGUGGUUCUAUUGAGUAUUGCUGCAAAAAUACAUGAUUGGUUCUUUUUGACAAGAAAUCUUUUUAAUGUUUAUGCAAAACAUGAACCGAUCUUUGUCCAUCACACGGUCCAUGAAAUCUUAUGGAAUUACACUACUCCAAUGGUUGAUGAGAUUAAAGCAUGGUGGCCAGUAUCGGUUGAUAAUCUUGGUACACUUCACAAUGCUUUUCGAGACGAAAAACCAGAAGUUUACACUGUUAAUAUUGGCAUGCAACAUGGAAUGGAAAACUUCUUCAAAGUCCGUUCAUUAAACAAUCUUACUGUUUUUGAGAAACAACUUGAUAAGAUCCAAUUGGAUCCUGAAGUUUGUCCCAUUCAUGUUGAUAAUGCUUUCGAAAAUGCCCUAUUUCCACCUUAUUUGAAGCGUGAAGAUCAGCUUUCUAUUAUUGCUGCAGAUUCGUGUCGAACAUUGCCGCUGGUUUAUGAGCACGAUGUUUCUAAAAGUGGUCUAAAUGGUUACAAGUUCGUUAUUGGCAAGGAUAGCGAAGCUAGUUGUCUGAAAGAUUCCAUGGGUGUUCCGCUACCAAGCGGAAUUUUUGAUGUUUCCAGUUGUCGAUUUGAUGUCCCUUCGGCUUACUCACAACCUCACUUUUUCGGAUCGACAUACAACUACGAGGAGCACUUUGAAGGUUUGUCACCAAAUCCAGUUGAUCAUCAAACUUACGUUUGGAUUGAGCCAAAAACUGGAGUUUCCUUCGAAGUGAAAUACAGAUUUCAGCAAAGUAUUCCGGUGCCUCAGUUAAGUGGUUUUAGCGAAAAAAUCAGACGGUUCAACGGAAUGGUUGUACCGAUCUUUUGGUAUGAAUAUGAUCUAGAUGAUUUGCCAUCACAUUCAAUGUUUUUACUCAAAUUGACUGCUGUCUACUUACCAUAUGUUCAAAAAGUUACUACAAUAAUAUUCUUACUUGCUACGGUUGUAAGUUUGACAACAAUUAUUUGUCGAAUAUAUGGUAUCAGUCCAAUGGAAGCUUUAUGGUUUGGGCAAACUGAGUUGCAACAAACUAUUUCAGAAGUUCCAACUAAUCCAAGAUAUUAUGAUGACUCAAAGUCAUUUUUACCGAAGAAUGCUAUCAAAAUGUAAUUUUGAUGUGUUUGAAGAUGUUCCCAAAAAUAGCUUUAAAUAGAAUUGAUAAGAUACUUAUGGUUUCGAUUUUGUAGAAACCUUUUUAAGUUAAAAAAAAAACAAGUCUGUGUAUAUUAAGCAUACGUUUUUGUGCUAAUUUUGCUUUUUUUUAAUGUCACAAAAAUUGCUUUAAGAUAUUUAGUUUAAGUAAUUGUAAGUAAAGUUAAGUAGAUGCUCAGAGAGUUGUAAGAUUUAUUU